AUGCCCGGGCCCAGCAAUUCGCAUAAGAAGAGAAAAUCCGGGGGCAAGAGGGAGAAGGAGAGACGGGGGAAGCCGCGAGCAUCGCUGGAUACUGCCCUCAUUGCCGCCGCCGCCGCCAAUGGAGAUAUAAACGACGAUACGACGGCGGUAGACAAUGGGUCCGAGGGAUCGAAUAGCCGGCUCGAUGACAGCAUCGAGGAGACCGCGUCGAUUGAUGGGUCAGAGGCCGGCCAAUUCGCUUCUACACCACUGUCAACGACGACCACCGCGUCCACCCCCGGCGCCCAAAGCACGGAAUCCCAACAUGAUGCAACCAUGACGCUCGCCGAUGACAGCUACUCACGACACCCACCCCGACGCGGCUCGGUUUCCCCGCCUAUAACGACUCUCCACACUCCACGCCUCGAAGCCAUCACUUCGCCCCCAUCCACCAUCCUCCACAAGCAUGCCGAGGCGCACGACCCUACGCUCGUUCUGCUGCAGCACCCAAUGAUCCACGACCCCGGCAACGGCCCCCGCGUACGCGACGUGCGCGCGUUCCUCGCAUCGUCCUUCGCGCACCCCCCAUACACCGCGGACCCUCUGUGCGCCGAAUUCGCGCAGCCCGAGGUCUUCCAGAUGCUCUGCACCGUGCUCCCAGAGGAAACCGCCCUCUUCUUGUGGUACAACAAGAGCCGCAAGACAGGGCGCAUCUGUCCAGCGUGCAGGCGUCUAUAUUGUCUGGGGGAUGCGCUGCCUGACCCUAUGCACGACCCAUACGAGCAAGCAGCCAAAAAAGAGCCCUCUCCGCGCCUGCUCGCCGAGCAACAACUCAGCGGCCUCUGCUCUCCCCUCUGCUUUAUCCUCGCGUCCUUCAACUACCCCGGAGCGAUCCGCUCCACCUGGGGUCGCGUAGCCCAGGAGCUGGACGACGCGACGUGGGCGCUCCUGGACGGCCCCGGCGGCGGCCAGCCGGACCUCGGGCUCAGCAUGCUCCUCAAGAUGACGCGCCUGCACGACUUGGGUCUCGCGCAGCUGUGCGUGCCGGACUCGGGGAUUGACGAGGAAAUCUACGAUCAGUCGUCUCCAGAGGACGAGAAGAUCGCUACUCAUAGACCCGUGACCGACACCCUGACUCCGAUAGCUGAGUUUGUUUACAGUACGCGCGACGCGCCUGACACCAAGCCGCCCUCGUCCGCCUCGUCCCUUCGUCCUAGAUUUCGCAUCUCGAGCACGCUCGCACCCGGACCGACAGCACUCUUCGAGCCGCGCACUGCGCCCCCAAUCUACCACGCCCAUCGCCCUGGACUGGACCCGCGCCUGGAGGAGCCUGUCUGGUCUAGACCGCCGCGCGCGACGCCGCUGACGCGAGGAGCGCAAUGGCCACGCAGCAUUGCAGCUCUAUUCAUACGGCAAGCGAGCGAGCACGCCCCCGCUUGA